AUGCAUUGCAGUGGCAUAUAUGGGGAUACAGUGACUCUGGAGACUUUGAAAGAUUUCCAUAGAAGAAGAGUUCAAGUUCUUGCCGACUCUGGUGCUGACCUGCUUGCAUUUGAGACAAUUUCAAACAAAUUGGAUGCUAUGGAAUAUACUGAGAUUCUUGAGAAAGAAAACAUAAAAGUUCCGACCUGGUUUUCUUUCAAUUCUAAGGAUGGGAUCAAUGUAGUUAGUGGGGGUCCUAUAUCAAAUUGUACUGCAAUUGCUGAUUUAUGUGAUCGAGUUGUUGCUGUUGGAAUCAACUGUACUGCUCCUAGACAUAUUGAUGGACUUGUCCAAUCAAUCAAGAUGAUAAUGGGGAAAGUGAAUAAAGAGAGGCUGGGAGAAUUCCUUGGGGAGUUGCAGAGGAAAGAGCAUACAAAUGACAGGUAUGUUGCUGUUCUGAGAGGGGAAACGUUGAUUAGAAACCCAUUUGUGAGAAUGCAACCUUUCCCAGACCAAAGCACAACUGAAGUUAGCAAGGCAUAG